AUGGCUGCUCUCUCGCUUGUCAGAAUCGUCAAAAAUGGUGGAAUCAUUGCAGCUUUAUGUCCAAAUUUCAAAUCUUCUACUACAUCAUCGACUACACUGGUGAAAACCACGACUACGAGCGAAAGUACGAGCUCGACUACGAGCGCGGAAACUACAUCGGCUAGUGUCAUGACUUCGACGACGAAUUCGGUGGUUAUAACGUCUACUACGUCGAGUUCGAGUUCAGCACAAAGCUCUAGUUUGACUGCUUUUACAACGACAUUCUCUGCGCUUCCUACCACGGCGCAGUCUACGAGUACGGAAACUUCGAGUUUUUCUCAAAUAUCACCUUCUCAAACAUUAUCGUCUCAAGAAUCAUCUUCUCAAUCUUCAUCAUCUCAAGGAUCAUCUUCCCAAUCUUCAUCCUCUCAAACAUUAUCAUCCGCUUCACUAUCUACCAGUUCAUCUGAAUCAACAUCACCUAGUUCUUCCGAAUCAUCAACAUCUACCUCCUCAACCACGGAUAUAAAUACAACAUCAACCAUAACCACAACCACAUCCCAAACACCCUUAUCUACCUAUACAAAAACCACGACAUCAAAAUCAAAAUCAACCAGCACGACUGCGGCAGAGUCAAAUAAUGGGGAUGGAAUUACUGGUGGUGGAAGCCCAUUCGAUAUUGAUGCGAAUAGUGGAAGUCUGCCAUCUGAAAUGGGUAAGAUGUCUGAGAGCUGGGUUAUAGGUGUGGGGUUGAUUUAUGGAGGGUUGGGAAUAUGGUUUUUUGUGUGA